AUGCCAUCCAACACUGUCCAGCCCCUCCCUCAAAAGGGUGACUUCAUCCUCGUCGGCCGCGAUUCUAUCACUGGACUCGGUUGCCAUAACAAGCUCCUCUUGAUCUGCGAGGCGCCGUACAAUCGACGACGAGCCGCGCCCACCAACGUGCGGGUCGUCGACGUCAACACCAUGGCACCAUACAUACCCAGCGCGCGAUUUCUCGAAACCAACUUGGGGCGCCGAAUAGCCGAAGCCGACAGCGCAGAGGACGCUGUGGCGAUUUUCAGACGAGCGGCGGAGCCCGAAUUCUACGAUCCUAGAAAUGAGCACCUUUUCGCGCGAGCUGCCCCUUUGACUUCGCACCUUGGCCGUCAGAACAUGUUCUUCUUGAGGCCUUCGGAUGAGGCGGUGAGGAAGGUGCUGCUGGGCGAGGUAUGUCCAAACGAAGAGUGCCAACGGGGGCUUCUGGCAGCGAGUGCGCGAGAGGAAAUAUAUCGCCGAUAUGGCCUCUCACACUCUGCCUUGCAGGAGGAUAGGGGAGAUACUCCAAUGGCGUGCCCGGCCUGCCUACCCAAAGACGUGGUUGUCGAGAACGAGAAGCAAAUCCUCGUCGCCCGUCGCCUAGAUUCAGGGGGCCGAGUGACCAACGACGAGCUCGACGCUCUACGCCUCAACGAGAGACGUCUGAAUGAGAGAAGACUCGAAGCAGGUUACCCCAAGAUCAGAUUCUGCCCGGACAUCGUCUGGCUCAUCAAUGGACGUCGCCGAUCAUCUUGGAUGGCUCGACGGCCAGGCCGCUGGCGCGAAUACAUGGCUGCAUUGAGAACUGGCGAUGGAGUGAAUAACACUCUACCUAUGCACGACUGGUGGGGCGUUCAAGAAGAUGAUGCCACAGUCGACGAAGGCACCCACCACUCCCCGACCCACAAUCUCCCAAGACGAAGCUUCGCCGAACUGAAGGAUUCAAUCAACAACAGCAGCUGCAGCAUAUGCUUGAGCGAGAGCUAUACGGACAGCGACGAGGUCGUCGUCCUUCCGUGCGUGCAUUUCUUCCAUGAAGCGUGUAUCGCGGCUUGGCUUCACCAGCAUCAGAAUUGUCCGGAAUGUCGACGACAGGUCCCUGCAGUGGACUGA